CCCCUAUAUGUUUAUAGUGUCUUUAGAUUGAACCGGUUGAACCUAAAUAAAUAAUAGUUGAGUGGAUCGUAUGUUGUAUUAAAAAACUGCAAUAGUCAAUGGUCAUUUAGUCAAUAGAAAUUUGCAUGCAAUUUGGUAAGGCAUGGGACGAAAAUGUUGCGUUCCAAAGUGUAGCUCCAACUACGAUGCGGUACUUCGUCAGGGUCAAUCCACUAUCAGCACAUUCAAGUUUCCUGAAGACAAACGCUUGAGAGAUCGCUGGAUUUCCGCUCUGAACAGGGACGACAAAUGGCAGCCUGGGUCAACCGCAAGUAUCUGUAUAAAUCAUUUCCUACCGGAAGACAUUUUGCGCUACGAUAAACCUGCAAAACUGAAACCGGAAGCGAUACCGGCGAUAUUUAGUGAACAUGCAAGAAAAGGACCAACCAUCAAACGAGGACGUCCAAAGAGAAUUAUUUCUCAAAGGACACCGCCGAAGCAUUCGGAAGAUGAUGAGACAGCUUUGCAUGAUGAACUCAUCGGCCCAUCGGAUGAUCUCACGGAAGGAUUAAUACUGGGUUUUGAAAACUUUAGCAGACUUUUACCAGAAAAGAUACCAGCAGACGAAUGGCAUUAUCAUCGGAGGGAAAAUGUAUUGCAUUUCUACAGCAUUUUAGAAGAAGAUCCCGAUACUGCUAUUAUAAUAGAUAAUAGUUUUAAAAUUUAUGACAAUAUGAAAGUUAAAUUAUUUUUAAAACAAGCUAAACAAACAGAAGAAAGCCUGAAAUGGAUUCUUGAUAACGAUAUGAAGUUGCACAAAUGGUCCCAGUUUGAAACCCUACUACAAAAGUAUGACUCAAAAGUUACUCGAGUGAAGGAUAACAUCGAGAAGAACCAGAAUGAACAUCAAUCAGAAAUUGGAAGUUCCGUAGAACCUGAACUUGAUUCAAAAUCUUCUGAUGAAAAUGAGGAAUUUCUCGACCAAUAUGAAGACGGAGAAGUCGAAUUUCUGGAAGUGGAAGAACAGUUAGAAGUCAACACUUUCGAAGAACCGGUGCACAAUCCUCUUAAAAUUGCCCAAGAUCAGUCUCAAAUGAUUCACAGCAAUGCCGAGCGUAGGACUGUGAGAGAGACAGUACAAAGACUGAAAAGCAGCAAACAUAAAUGUUUUAUUUGCAAUCAGGAGCAUGAUACGAAUGAAAAUUUUGAACAACAUUUGACGAAGCAUAGUGAUAUGUUACCAUUCCGAUGUGAUCGUUGCGAACUCCAGACAGUUACCAUUAAAACCCUGGCUUCCUUGAAUAAGCAUUUGCUCAUGCAUCAGAAACCCCUGAAGUGUAGAACGUGCGAUGUGAGAUUUUCCAGUUACGGUACCCGCUUGUUGCACGAACAGAACAGUCACGAGAACAGUAGGCCCACCACAUGCGAAGUAUGUGGAAAGGUGUCCCGGUCACUUCGAGGGCAUCAGCACCACUUCAAAAUUCAUACUGAUCCUGAAUCGAUGAAAUGUCAACUUUGUGGGAAACAACUGACCUCUAGUUAUGAACUUAAACUACAUAUGCGUGUGCACACAAGGGAAAAACCAAACAAGUGUCCUUUCUGUGCAGCGUCUUUCAAUCGGAUAUCUAAUUUGGUCGUUCAUAAGCGUCGUUUACACAGCACUGAGAAACCCUUCCAAUGCACAAUCUGCAAAGAACGGCUAACAACAAAUACAGAGAUGAAGCGACACUUGGCUAUUCACAACUCAGAGUUGUCCAUUUCUGCCGAAGAAACGCUUAUCCCACGCACCGAUGUAGGAGUGCAAUCGAACGACACUAAGAAAGAUUACCAUUGUAAGAGUUGCGACAAGCUGCUACCGAGUGCAUCAGUCUAUCAUUCCCACAUGAGAAAACAUCGCAAACGCUAUCAGUGCAGCUUUUGUGGGCUUCGAAUUGGUCAGCUAAAGGACUUUAUCGAUCACGAAAACACCCAUACCGGAAGGCGACCCUACAAGUGUGAAAUCUGCUCGAAAACGUUCAAGACGUCAUCCACCUACUACGGUCAUCGGGUGAUCCACGAAGCAGAACGGCGAUUCAGCUGUGAUUUAUGCGGGCGACGUUUCAAUAGACUCAGGCAUCUGAAUGUGCAUAUGCGAACGCACAAACAAGGUCAUCGGAAUAAAGCUCAAACGGUUGAUAGCCUGUCCAGUUCAACUCCGGAACGACAACCGGCACCACAAGUUACUGUACCAAUGAUUACCGUUGCAGUGGCGACACCAGUGCCACAACAACAUUAUAGUGUGUUUAAGCUGAUAACCAGGCGUGAAAAUGAGGCCAUCUCGCCUUACACAGAUAGUAUCAUUUAGAUUUCAAUUUAAUACCUACCACGAUAAUGAUUUAUACAGAUUUAAGGAUAAUAAAUUAUUACUAU